AAACAAGCACCACUAGCCAUUUCAACAUUUCUUCAAAUUGUAUCAACUCUGAACACGGCGCCGUUUUGCCCCCGUGCGCCCCCUUCGUCCUAUAAAAGCAAGGUGUUGCCUGGUUUGCAUGUGCAACGAACCUACCCCAAUUCCCGAAUCCCCAAUUAUUCUGCUCCGCGAACUGACUCCGCGAGCGACGUCCUGCCGGCAUCAGCCAACAGACGGGACGCGCCGACGAUCAUGGCCGAGGCAGCGAGAGUGCAGCCGCGGCAGCAGGGCGGUUCGCUCGAUGGAUUUGAAGACAUCAUGUACGGCAUCCUCCUUCGCCUGCCCCCGAAGUCCGUCGUCCGCUGCCGCGCCGUGUGCCGGUCUUGGCUCCGCCUCGCCUCCGACUACAUCUUCCUUCUCGACCACCGCCGCCGCCAGCCCUCCCUGCCCCUCGUCUCCUUCAUCCUCGACGACGUCGGUGACCCAGAGGUCGGCCAGUACCGGCUCGAUGUAUUGGACCUCCACGCCAACGACAACGUACUGCAGACUGUCCUCGGAUUCUCCAGCCACGUCGAUUGGUGGAUGCCCCAUGAUCGUGAGAGACGGCUCGCUCUCCAUGGCUCCUGCGACGGGGUCCUCCUCCUAUCAACCGACAACAGCCUAUACCUCUGCAAUCCAACCACGCGCCACUGGGGUGGCCUCCCACCCCUUCACCGCAACAACACCAUCGCAGGAUUUUACUGGCACAGGAUCUCGGACGACUACCGGGUGCUCUACUUCAGGCGCCAUGAAGAUGGAAAGUACUGCUACUACGUCAUGGAGGCCGACACCAGGAAGCAGAGGCUGGUCAGUCGUCAGGAAUCCCUAAUACAUUCCUCAUGGCCAGCCGGGUGCGCACGGCGCUCACCGCCGGUCCUCCUUCAUGGCAACCUUCAUUGGGCCCCUGUCUCAUCAAGACCCGAGUCCAUAGCCGUCUUCAACACGGUCGCCGAAGAGUUCUGGUUGAUGCCUUCUCCUGCCGUCUACGUGAACAGCCUGCUUAUCUCAAAUGUGAAGCUGCUUAUCAUGGAGGGCGUUCUUGCCUUGUCAUGUAGCUGCGGCGAGACUGUUGGGGAUCACGGGCCCUCGAGGGUUGAUCUGUGGUUUCUGGAGGACUACAAGGACCACGUUUGGGCCUGCAAAUACCGCAUUGAAUUGCCAGUGGAAGAUAUCUGCCGUUUCAUUAGAUUCCUCGAUGUCCGGAAUGCUAUUGUUGUGUCCCAUGAGGGAGAUGUGCUGGUUGAUCUCUGGAAUCGCCUGUUGGUUUAUGACAGGGAGGGCAAUUCAGUAGCAAAUUUGCCGCUUAAUUGCAGCUUGCUGGAGAUUGGUCCACAUAUGCUUAAGCGGAGCCUUGUUCCUCAUGCAUCGCUUGGGAUGAACAACCAUAGUCCCAACAAACCAGCUUUUCUCCCAUUAGAGUUUUUGGCUGUAGGGUCAUGAUAUUGGAUCGUUUCUCUUGAUUUGGAAAAAAGAGAGAGGGACAUUUUUUUUCCAUCUGACACUAGUAUCUUCUUCUUGCGCAAAGCUGAUCCGAACCCUGCGUUUCAGAGUUCAGAGUUUCAGAC